GGACCCGCUGCUGCCUCCUGCGUUGUUGUUUUUCCUGGAAUACAGAACUGAUCUCUGGAGCAAGAUGUGCAAGGGACUCGCUGCACUGCCAGCCACUUGCUUAAAAAGUGCCAAAGACAUGAAGCAUCGUCUGGGCUUCUUGCUGCAGAAGUCAGACUCCUGUGACUACAGCUCUUCCCAGGGCAAGAAGGAGAAAAUAUCUUCAAGCCAGAGGGUUAGCCAAGAGGAAGUCAGAAAGUGGGCAGACUCUUUGGAAAACUUGAUCCAUCAUGACAGAGGACUGGCUGCUUUCCGUGCUUUUCUCAAAUCUGAGUACAGUGAGGAAAACAUCGAGUUCUGGGUCAGUUGUGAGGACUACAAGAAAACCAAGUCACCAGCCAAGCUCAGCCCUAAGGCCAGAAAGAUCUACGAUGAGUUCAUCUCAGUGCAGGCAACAAAAGAGGUGAACCUGGAUUCAUGCACACGGGAGAAGACAAGCCACAAUGUGCUGGAGCCUACACUGUCCUGCUUUGAUGAGGCUCAGAGAAAAAUAUUCACCCUCAUGGAAAAGGAUUCUUACCGCCGUUUCCUCAAGUCCCCCUACUACCUGGACUUGGUCAGCCCACCUGGUGCUGGCUGCAGGCCCGAAAACUGCAAAAGAAGCCAUAUUCACACUUUAGACUGCAACUCCAACAUCAUCUCUCAGUGCGCCUGAACCUGCAGCAAGGCAGGAGCAGGCUGGGCUCUUGCAAGAAUAUAUGGCAGCAAAAGCAUUCAUUGGCAUGAAGCAACAGAGCUGUCUCCAAUAGCUGUCUCAUGUCCCAGUUGUAUCCCAUGUCAUGCAACAGCCAGCAUUUGUAACCCAAGCCAGGCUCAGUUUGUGUAGCAAACCCUCCUCUGACUCCAUCGGUGUAGGAGCCCUGGAGUCUGUGUCUGACAUGAAAGCUGGGUGCAAUCACUGCGUGUCCACUGUGUUUCUGGCAAGCCCUGCAAGCCCCGGAGGGCAGUGGGGGAGCACA